AUGGAGCCCUCGAAGCUUCGUGAGCGGGAGGACACCGCAUUAAAAGAUGCGCACGGAAAGAUCUUGCACUCAGGUGCUUACAGCGAUAUGAAGAUCCGCCUUUCUGACGAGACUGAGAUCGCCUGCCAUCGAGCAAUUGUGUGCGAACGAUGCGACUUCUUCAAGAACGCUCUACAGUCUGGAUUCAAGGAAACCCACAGUGGCGUUAUAGAGAUGUUCGACGAUCCCCCGGAGGCUGUCAGGGCCCUGGUCAGCUACCUAUACACGGCGGACUAUCCUGACAAUGGCCUCAUAGACCAAGAUCUGGUUCUCUUCCACAUGGGCGUGUACACCAUCGCUGCCACUUACCUGGUCGAGGGGCUGGCGAAUGUCGCUAAAGAUCACGUGUGGGACUGGUAUUCGCAAGGGCCGGGAGCACUUCUGGAUCUUGCGAACGCUCUCGGGGAAUGCAAGCUCAAAUUCGGCAAACUCUACGAGACACACAAGUUCUAUGACGAGCUCGUUGAGACCGUCGUUAAGGAGCACUAUGACUUGGAGUACUUUUUCAAUAUGGAGGACAUGCUCGUGGAAUGUCCGGACUUCGCAUAUGAUGUUGAGAAAAAGGCGUGGAAACUUUGGAAGACCCGCAAUAACAACAGUUCAGCGCGGUACCUGAAACUCUACGGAGAUCUUGGAGGAUACAUUCAGGUGCGCAGCACGGAGUGUCCACGAAGAGCGGAAUGGUUUGCGGAGGGCGAAGUCAUCAUCGACUGCGAGGAAGAUACCGAGAGUAACAGCGGCUCUGAGGGAGAUACCAAGAGUGACGGUGAUGGAGGUGAAGACACUGUGGAUGGCUAA